UAAACACGUUUAGUAAAAGGAGGGGAACUACGAGUCGCCAAUAUCAAGUCGUGAGCGUAGCACGACGACUCGUGAAGAACAACGUUGCCACGCACAUUCCAUUAAAAACUGUGCUUUAAUUUACUCUAAUCUGUUUAAACAAUCGCGCUGAAAAUCACUUAUAAGAUGUUACCGAGACGACGUGUUAUUGAUCUUCUGCAAGUCAUUUCAUCUCAAUCAUGCAGAUGUCCAGCACACGGAAAUCCCGGGGCAACCAGUGUUCACGAACACGGGAAAGCUCGGAGCACCGCGGCAAAUGUCGUACCUGAUAAAGAAUAUGCUUUUGAGAUGGCUUGUUCCACGGUCAGAUAUGGGGUGGGAGUAACGAGAGAAUUAGGAAUGGAUAUUCAAAAUUUGCGAGCGAAGAAAACAUGCCUGAUGACCGAUCCUAAUUUGAUGAAACUAGCACCCGUAAAAACUGCUAUUGACAGUCUCUCCAAGCAUGGCAUUGAUUUUGAGAUUUACGAUAAAGUACGCGUGGAACCAACUGAGCAAAGUUUGCAGGACUCGAUCGAGUUUGCCAAGCGCGGAAAGUUCGACGUUUUCGUAGCGGUUGGCGGUGGUUCCGUGAUGGAUACCUGCAAGGCGGCAAAUUUAUACACUUGCGACCCAGACGCCGAAUUCUUGGAUUAUGUAAACGCGCCGAUCGGAAAAGGAAAACCAAUCCAGGUACCUUUAAAACCGCUCAUCGCCGUUCCAACGACUUCAGGUACCGGCUCCGAAACAACUGGCGUAUCCAUUUUCGACUACCGACCAUUGAAGGCCAAAACUGGGAUUGCAAACAGAGCCCUACGUCCAACUUUAGGAAUCAUCGACCCUCAACACACUCUUACUUUACCGGAGAAAGUAUGUGCUUAUUCAGGUUUCGAUGUACUGUGUCAUGCACUGGAAUCCUUCACAGCGAUACCCUACACCGAAAGGUCGCCAUGCCCCACAAAUCCAAUCCUAAGACCAGCCUAUCAAGGCAGCAAUCCUGUCAGUGAUGUUUGGGCGCGAUAUGCCCUACAAGUUAUGCGCAAAUAUUUUCAACGAGCAGUUUACAAUCAAGAUGAUUUAGAAGCGAGGAGCCACAUGCAUUUAGCGAGUACUAUGGCAGGUGUUGGUUUUGGAAAUGCCGGAGUCCAUCUUUGCCAUGGUCUCUCGUAUCCUAUCAGUGGAAACGUUCGAACUUUCCAACCGGAGGGAUAUAGUAAAGAUCAUCCUAUUGUUCCUCACGGUCUAUCUGUGGUGAUUUCCGCACCAGCGGUGUUUUCCUUCACGGGGAAUGCAUGCCCGGAAAGACACUUGGAGGCUGCGGAGUUGCUUGGUACAGACGUGAAAAAUGCCAAACGAGCGGACGCCGGCAUAAUUCUGGCCGACACAGUUAAAGAAUACAUGCAAAUUAUGAAAGUCGAGAACGGUUUGACAGAGCUAGGUUUCAAGAAAGAAGACAUUCCUACACUAGUUAAGGGAACAUUGCCUCAGCAUCGUAUUACGAAAUUGGCGCCACGCGAGCAAUCUGAAGAGGAUCUCGCACAAUUAUUCGAAAAUUCGUUCACCAUAUAUUAAUAAACGCUUUAUAAUAAAGUUAAGUUUUGAUAAAGCAUUUAUGUGUAUAUAAACUAGAUGAUUGUUACAAAUAGAGAUUCUAUUUUUUUACAUUAAGCAGAAAUAGAUCUAUGAGAAAGCACAACAAAUGUAUUUUAAAAUGUAUUUUAUCUAACUUACUUUGUUAUCUUGAUAAAACUUCAAAUUAUUAAACAAAAAUAAAUAAUUUCACUAAAUUCGUACACAUAGUAUAAUUAAUUCUAUAAUUUGUUUUAUGUAAUUUUAUUUGAAAAAUUCUGUUUGAUGUAUUGUAAUAAAACUUCGAUUAUAACACA